AUGACAGAGCAUUGGACGCCGCUGGUGGAUGUCCGGAUCAACCUGGGCGCCGGUGAGGGGGAGGUGACGUCUCCUCCCGACCGCCGGCUGGACGACUUACUCUGGCACGUCGUCGACGUGCAGCGCAAGGACGCCGACGUCGCCCUCACCAUCGACGGCGUGCACGUCAGCAGAAUAAAGCUCCCUGGUCGCUUCUACGAGCUAAACAUCCACUACGGCGUGUUCAUCGGUGGGAUGGGCGACUUCUCAGAGAUCUUCUUGGGCCUGCUGGACAACUUCCGCGGCUGCCUGCACCAGGUCCGCUUCAACGACGUGCCGCUGUUCCCGACGGCGCGCGAGCGCGGCACCGCCUUCGGCGUCACCUGGGGCUGCGACAAACAGUUUGACGCCGACGCCGACGUGUCGCUGAGCUUCGUCGGCGAGCACGCGUUCGCUAUGCUGCCGCCGUUGCUGCCGCACGCCGGCGGCACCCUUCGGCUCGACCUGAAGACGGCCGCCGCGGACGGCCUGAUCGUCUACAACGACGCGGGCCGGCGUGGCCGCGACCACGUGAUGGCGACGCUGCGCGACGGCCGGCUACGUCUGAGGCUGGAGGCCGGCGGACGGCGCGUGCAGCUCGACAGCAAGGUGGCCGUCAACGACGGCGUCUGGCACAAGGCGCAGCUGACGGUCGGCGUUGAGUACGUCGAGCUGAGUGUCGACCAGACGCUGACCAGCGUCAAGCCCGACAACGGCACCAACUUCCAGGCAUUCGCGUCAAACCUCUUCGUCGGCGGUCUGAGCGAGAAGAACCGCAUCCGUGCGGCCAAGCAGGGCAUCGAGGACAUUCCGGUGGACCUGCGCGGCUGCGUGCAGAACCUCUUCGUCGACGACGUGCUGACGGGCCUGCCGAGCGUGGUUGAGAGCCUGGGCGUGCAGGCCGAGUGCGUCUGGGAGUACCCGUGCCUUCGCGACCCGUGCGUGCCCGGCGGCGUGUGCGUGCCGCAGGGCGUAGCCGAAUUCCGCUGCGACUGCGAGCAGCCGGUGUGCGUGCGUGCCGACUUCACGAGUCAGUACGGCGUGUUCACCGACGCGCGGCUGCCGGGCGGCGAGGCGCUGCUCACCACCGCCAACGUCCAGCUGGUGCUCGACUACGAGAAGUACGGCGUGCGUGACUCGGGUGUCUUCUUCCACGUGCGCGAGCCGCCCAAGCAGGGCGUGAUCAGCGUGGAUGUGUGGCGGAGGCCGGACGAGUCCGUCUUCACGCUGCUCGACCUCCUCUCGGACCGCGUGCGCUACCUGCACGGCGGCGCCGAGAGCGGACAGGACGUGGUCGUGUUCGAGCUCGAGCUGUUCGCGCGCGCCGGCUUCACGCUGCCCGCCUACCUGCAGGCGCGCCACAAGUUCGUGCUGCACGUGGCGGUGACGCCGGACCCGGACAGCCGGCCGCGCGAGCUCGUCUUCACGCUGCUCAGCCCGGCUGAGGUGGAUGGCCACCUGGAGCUGGCGCGCCGGCCCGACGAACCGGUCGACUCGUUCACGCAGGAGCAGGUGGACGACGGUCAGGUGUUGUUCGUGCACGGCGGCGGUGGCGGCGACACGCGGCUUGCGCUGCGCGUCUCCGACGGCCAGGCCACCAGCGAGACGACGUUGCUGCGCGUGGUCACCUUCCGCCUGGAGGCGGUGGCCGUCAACAACACCGGCCUGCGCGUGACGCAUGGAUCCAGCGCGCUCAUCACCACCGCCAAUCUCAGCUUCACCACCAACGCGCAGGACGAGCAGGUUGGCAUCAAGUUUGUCAUCGUGAAGCAGACGCAGAGCGGCAAGGUGCAGAAGCUGCGCGGUAACGGCCACUGGCAGCCGACCAGCCACUUCACCAUGCGGCACCUGAAGCGGCGCCGCGUGCGCUACCGGCACACGACAGGCACUCCCGACCAUGACGGCUUCCGCUUCCAGGUGGUGCUGCAGGACGCCACGCAGCCGGCUGUGCACGACUUCCGCAUCCAGUUCCUCACCGUCUCGGUACAGCUGGUCACCAACCGCGAGCUGGUGCUGAACCGCACGCAAGAGGCGGCCGUCACGCGCGACUUCCUGUACGCGGAGCCGCGGCCGUUCCCCCAGCCGGCAGAGAACCUCUCCUUCGUGGUGACGUCGACGCCGCGCUUCGGUGACCUGUUCCGGCUGGAGGGCAGCCCGGCGCGACGCCAGGCGCUGCCAGUUGGCGUCUCCUUCUCGCAGCGCGACGUCGACGCCGGCCGCGUAGUCUACCGCCUGCACCGCAAGUCCUACUCGGCGUUCACGGACCUGUUCCGCUUCCGCGUGCACAUCCCCGGCUUCGAGUCACCCGUGCACGAGUUCAACAUGCGCCACGUGCCGCCGGCGCCCAAGGGCAUGAUCUCGAUCAAGCGGAUCGAGGUGGGCGAGGGAGACGCAGUGGCCAUCAUGCCGCGGCAGCUCAGCAUCGAGAUCGACGGCAUUGCCACCGUGUUCUACAACGACAUCGCCGCCGGCCGCGUGCUGUACGCGCACGACGACUCGGAGAACCCGAGCGACGCGUUCGGGUUCGUUGCCACCUCGCUUAACCCGGACGACGACUUCCAGUACGUGGGCGUUGCCGAACUCACCUUUUCCGACCCGGACCUGUACACGGAGCCGUCCGACAUUUCCUACACGCGCCGCGGCAUCCCCAACGGCGCGCUCUACCUGCACCCCGACUACAAUACGGAGGUGUUUGGCUUCACGCAGGCCGACAUCGACGCUGACCGGCUGGUGUUCCAGCACGGCGGCGUCGACCGCUCGCGCGUCGUGCUCUGGGUGUCAGACGGCGCGCACUACACGACCGGUGUGCUCGAGAUCGCCGCCGCCGAGCCGUUCGUGCGGCUGAACGGCUCGGCGGCGCCGCUGACCGUACCACGCGGCGACUCGCAGCAGGUGACGGCCGACCGGCUCCGGCCUGAGACCAACGUCGAGGUGGCCGACGAGAACGUGCGCUUCCACGUGACGGCGCCGCCGCAGCGCGGCCGACUACGCGUGCGCGGUGAGCCGGCCGCCGAGUUCUCCUUCCAGGACGUGCAGCAGGGUGCCGUGGAGUACGAGGCGAGCGAGGCGUCGGGCGCGCAGGACUCGGUGGGGUUCGAGGUGCGAGUCGGGAAGCUCGCCUCCAACGGGUCGCUGAGCUUUCGCAUAUACCCGGAGAGCUACUGGGAGCCGCUGCGCGUCGUCAACAACCGGUCGGCGCUGGUGCCCGAGGGCGACAUGGUAACAGUGUCGCAGUCGCUGCUGCACGUCAUGCACCCCAACGUGGCGCCCGGUGACAUCCGCUUCACCGUCACGAAGGGCCCGACGUACGGCUUCCUCAUGCUGCGGGGACCCGACGCCCGGCCCAAGGUCGUCACCUUCGACCAGGCCUUCAUCAACGACGGCAACCUCACCUACGUGCAGUCGGUGGCCAACGCCACAGAGGACCGCUUCGUCUUCACCGUGACCAACGGCAUCGUCAGCAUGUCGGGACUGCAGUUUGACGUGCUGGUGAAGUCGCGCCAGGUGCGCCUGGUCACGUGGAACCUGACGUUGAGCGAGGGUGGCCAGGUGGCGCUCACGCCUCGCGCGCUCACCGUCGCCAGCAGGUACUACCGACAGCGCGUCAGCGGCUUCAGGUAUGUGCACAGCGGGGACGAGUUCCGCGAGGACUGUCUGACGCUGGUGGUCAGCGCUGACUCCAAGACGUCGGCUCCGGGCCCGCUCUGUUUCGUCAUAACCGGCGUGAACGACCAUCCGCCCAGCCUCGUCAAUAACAGCGGCUUGGUGGUGGUGGAGGGAGGCGCCGUGGCCAUCACCACCGACCAGCUUGACGCGGUGGACGCCGACCGGCCGGCAGUGGACCUGACCUUCUCCGUGACCCGCUCCGAGUGCGGCAACGUCAGCCUCCAGUCGGAGCCGGGUGUGCCGGUCUCCAACUUCACGCGCAGCCAGCUGGCCGGCGGCCAGGUCAUCUUCAGCCACACCCAGCCAGAGGCGAGCCGCUGCAGUCUGCGCGUCACCGUCAGCGACGGCGUCCACCAGACACCGCCCGAGAGCUGCUCGGUGCGCGUGGAGCGGCUGCGGCUCCAGCUUGUCGCCAACACCCAGCUGCACGUGUUUCCCAUGAUGCAGCAGUCCAUCACCAAGGGACACCUGCUGGUGCGCACCAACGACCCGCGCACCCCGCGCACCAUCACGUACUCGGUCAUCAGGAAGCCACAGCUCGGCAAGAUCACGAGGGAGCAGCCGGACGGCAGCACGGCCGAGAUAAGCUGGUUUACACAGCAGGAGCUAAACCGCAGCCUGGUGCUGUACGAGCACCGGCGGCCGCUGGGCGCGCUCUCGGCCGAGGACAGCGUCGAGCUGCGCGUCGAGACGCCGCCGGCCGAGCCCCUGCGCCGCGUCCGGCUGCGCAUCGCCGUCUCCGCGGACAUCAGCGCCGGCCGGCUCUCCUACCGGCACGACCACUCGGACACGCGCGCCGACAGCUUCGGCUACAGCUUGUUCCUGGCCACGCCCACCUCGGACGUUCUGCUGUACAACGGCACUGUGAACGUGACGGUGACGCCGGUCAACGACCAGAAGUUCCGGCUGCAGACGACUGCGCCCGGUCUGACGGUCGUGCAGAAGCAGACGGCCGCCAUCGGGCGGGACAACCUGCUUGUCACCGACCCCGACAACGCACCGGCCGAAAUCCUCUUCACCAUCAUCAACGGCCCAAGCCGUGGCAGUGUCUUCUUCAAGGAGACGCCGCACGUGCGUGUCAGCAACUUUAGCCAGGAAGACGUGGACCGCGAGCGACUGCUGUACGCCCAGGACGGCUCGCUUGGAGCCGACCAGUUCUACUUCAGCGUGUGGGACGGCCAGCACAGUCCGCUCGUCACCGGCUUCGGCAUCACCGUCGUGCCGCUCUCGCUCAGCAUCGAGCGUAACGAGCUGGUGCCGAUCACACAGGGUCAGAGUCGCGUGACGCUCGACCCGCAGCACGUCGUGUUCAACGUGACUGUCGAGCCGGCGCACGGCCGCCUCUUCGUAGGCGCCGACAUCGUCACCACCUUCACGCAGGCCGACAUCGACAACGGCCGCGUCGCCUACAUGCAGAUGGACCUGCAGGCGCACAACGACUCGUUCGUCGCCUCCGUGUACAACGAGUUCAACGCCGUGCGCAAUGAGACGUUCUCGGUGGCGAGCCGGCCGCUGAACAUCAUCUUCUUCGUGGCGGCCGACGCGUCGCUCGAGGGCAACGAGACGCUGGCGGACGCGGUACGGUUCGAGCUGACGGCGAACGGUGUGCAGCCGGCGCGGGGCAGCCUGGCCGUGGAGCUGGUGAGCGCCGCGACGCUCGAGGCCGACAAGGCGCUGCCCGGCGUCAACUCGGUGGUGGGCCGCGACCGGCCGGCCGACGCGGCCUCCUUCAUGCGCAGCGACUACGUGCUGGUGGCGGGCGUGGUGAUUGGCGUGGUGAUCACUUCGAUCCUGCUGCUGAUCGUCGUCAACCGCGCCUCCACGCCCGACUUCAUCAACUCGACCCUGCCGCGGCCGUCUACCAUCAGCACGCUGCCGCGGCCCGAGCCGAUGGCGUCCAGGCCGCGCCUCUCAGCCAACGGCAGCCUGCCACGGCCGCGCUUCCUGGAGCGGCCCCGCCUGCUGGAGCCCGGCUGGCCGGAGCGCGACGUGUCGCCGUGCGUGCCGCAGUGCACGGUGACGCCGCUCUACACGGGCGCGCCGCCGUCCGAGCUCACCUACUCGUACGACGUGGACACGGACCGACAGUUCUGCGACGACGGCUGGAGCCACGACGGCUCGGAGGUCAGCGCUAGCCAGCCGAGUAACCCGAUCCUGCGCAAGAACCAGUACUGGGUGUAG